UGAGUGGGCGUGGCGGGCUUUGUCACGUAGCUGCUUCCUUCCCCCGUUUCUUCUCCACUACGUGAUAUUGUCUUGGAGUGAAGUGAACGUCGCAAAGAAAAAGGACUAAAUAGAAGAAAGGAGCAGAAACAACAACAUUACCCCCAAAAGCUGCCUCUGGAGCAGUGAAGUGUCUUCAUGGCAGUUCGUAGAGGACACAUAAAGUACAUGAAAGCCGAUCUGCAGGAGGUGUAUGACAUGUCGAACGGUUACGAAGACCACAUGGGAGGGGACGAGGGGAAGGACUCCAAGACCAACCUGAUCGUGAACUACCUGCCUCAGAGCAUGUCGCAGGACGAGCUGCGGAGCCUCUUCAGCAGCAUCGGAGAGGUGGAGUCCGCCAAGCUGAUUCGAGACAAAGUCGCAGGCCACAGUUUAGGGUACGGAUUUGUUAACUAUCUUAACCCUAGUGAUGCAGACAGAGCUAUCAGUACACUGAAUGGACUAAGGCUACAGUCCAAAACUAUCAAGGUUUCAUACGCACGGCCCAGCUCUGAUACCAUAAAGGAUGCCAACCUGUACAUCAGCGGCCUGCCAAAGUCCAUGACCCAGAAGGAUGUGGAGGAUAUGUUUUCACGUUUUGGACACAUCAUUAACUCUCGUGUGCUUGUUGACCAGGCCACAGGUACGACAGGCGCUUCCCGCGGGGUGGCCUUCAUCAGGUUUGACAAGCGGGCGGAGGCAGAGGAAGCCGUCAAAACUCUGAAUGGGCAAAAACCACCCGGAGCCGCUGAGCCAAUCACAGUGAAGUUUGCCGCCAACCCAAACCAGGUGAAGAACACGCAGAUCAUCUCUCAGCUCUACCACAACCAGUCCCGGCGCUUCGGGGGGCCCGUGCACCACCAGGCACAGCGCUUUAGGUUUUCCCCCAUGGGCGUUGAUCACAUGAGCGGUGUGGGGAACGUCAGUGUCCCCGGGAACUCCAACUCCGGCUGGUGCAUCUUCAUCUACAACCUGGGCCAGGACGCCGACGAGAGCAUCCUCUGGCAGAUGUUCGGCCCAUUCGGCGCCGUCACCAACGUCAAGGUGAUCCGAGACUUCAACACCAACAAGUGCAAGGGCUUCGGCUUCGUCACCAUGUCCAACUACGAGGAGGCGGCCAUGGCCAUCGCCAGCCUGAACGGCUACCGGCUCGGAGACAAGAUGCUGCAAGUGUCCUUUAAGACCAGCAAGGGCCACAAGUAAAGAGAGCGGGACAAUCGGGUGUAGAGGAGAGAUGGAGGUGCCCUGCGCCAGGCUGUUAUAGCAGAGAACAGAAGUAUUGAGUUUUCAAAGUCUGGCACAUCUGUUGGUUUUUAGUGUAUUCAGAGUUAAACGAGAUGUUCACUCUUCUGCACCUUUGUACUUGUCUAAAAGAGUGUUGAAGCUUUUUUUCCCCCAUCUUUUUAUACUCACGCUUGAGGCUUGAGAGACACUCAGUAGUUUUAAUGUUUAGUGGGGGGGUGGGUAGGGUAAAAUCCCCUGAUUCCCUCGGAUAACUUUUUGAAAAUUAUCUAAAAAUACUGUCCGUAUGUGUUGCAUGUUUAACUGUGGGGACUAGAUAAAGGGGGCCGGCAAACGGUUCUGAGCAGUGCACUAAAAAAUAAGGAAUGUCCCACAAAUUGUACUCAAAGUGUUGCCAUGACAUGUCUGUGGAUGAUUGAGUCCCAAAAAAAAAAUGUGACAGACAUUUUCUUGCCCUUAGCCAGUGGUUGUCUCGUUUGGGAAGCAGUGCUCUGUUCUGGUUCCUCGUCAUAAGUAGAGCUAGAAGCCUUAAAUGAUUAUCCAGUGGAAGUGCAGACCUACAGUACUACCCACUGUCUCGAGUCAAUCUAAGAGCAAAGCACUUUUAACUUAUCUGCUUUGGGUUACUAUGAAUAUCAGUCUUUUUGAUGUGAAUCCAGGAAUUUUGCUCAUCCUCCUACCAGUUUAACAAUUUUAAACACGACUAACUCUGGAGGGAAAUGUUUCUGUGUUGUUAUCCCCGCGUUAAGUGUCUUUUUAUUAUCUAAGUUGCAUUUCAGGAGAAUCCUGUUGAAUAUGAACCCAAGUCAAUGAGUAUGAAAAUAAGAUGGACCAAAGGCAGGGAGAGAUUUGAUCCUAUUACUGCAGAAAAUCAAGUUUUCUGAGCAGAUUUAAGGUAAAUGUAUACCUUGUUUUUUAUUUUGAAGUUUGUUUUGAAAAGGUACUAUGGUAUGUCUGACACACAUCAUCACUUUGACUCAGUAUGCCGUUCUGUUUUGUUUUUGUUUUGGAUAUUUUUUCUUUCUAAAGGCAAAGACUUUUUAUUUGUUACAAUGUAAAUUACAAACUUGUUUUAUCUCAAGUUUGGAGAACAUGAAUGGCCUUUGUUAAUUAUCUCCUUUUUCAUUUGCUUUCUUUUCUUCCUUCUUUGUUUUGGUAGUUUCACUUUGAACAUAAACCAUUAAAUUUUAUUUCUUUUUGCCGGAAGUUUUGUUUUGUUUGUUUUUCCUUUUUUUAAUUAACCUUUUUUAAAGAUUUGGUUUGAGUUUUGUUCUAUUAUUUUUCUCGUACCAAAUCUGCAGUGUUGAUGAAAGCUGUUACAGAAAGUGUUUCCUCUGGAGGCUUUUAAACCUCCGAGACGGCUUUAAAAAAAUGUAAGAAACAUUAUAAGGACCAAUGGAAGUUGCUUAAAAAUAUGAUUUAACCUGUACACAGACACUCAAAGGAAGGUCCUAAAGACAUUUCAUGAAGCAACUUUUAAACCGCGGAAUAUUAACGUGGUCUGUAAAUGUAAGCUGUCCCUUUUGCGUUAGUUUGCUUUUCAGAAGGUGUGAGUUAUACAAAUAUUCUCUCUCGUAUGACGAGUUCAUCAGGAACUUUACAGUAAGUUUAAAUUGCAUUGGUUAGCUUGAACACAACCAAUGCACAACAAAACUACUUUCACUGUCAAUUCUUUAAAAAAUCCAGUAUGUGUAGUGAAGAAAACUGAGGCUUUGACCUAAAGCACCAAGUGGGAUUACUGUUAAAUAGUGAGCUUUGUUCACCCGCUCAGUACAACACUUAUUAUAUCUUCCAUUUAGGUAAGAUCAGCAAAUCAAAGCUCGUCUUUGAUAUAUGGUGAUCUUGGUUUUUAGGGAACAAUACCUGCUCACAUUAUAGGAAUCACUUAGAAACCUUUUUCAUUAAUAAUCCCCCCGACACGUCAUUUUAUGCCUCAUUAAUGUACACAAUCUGAAAAGAGUAUUCCCUUAACAAGCUUCAGAUUUCACUCUUAAAAGUGCUUUUUAAAAAUUUGUAUUCGUUUGUUAUUUUCGUGUCACAAUCCUUAACUUUGUGCAAUAUUUUGUGACUUGCUCAAAGCGGUUAAUAGAAAGUUGAUGUAGUCUUGGACCGUCGUCUUUUAAAAAAAAUAAUUUCUUUUUUUCUACUGACGUUUGUUACUGCUUAGUUUUUUCAGCAGUUUUAGUUGGAAUUGCGUGAUUCAUGCAAGCACAUUUGUUUUAGGGGCAGUCUGAAUAAACUGCGUUCCGCCUUAAUUUAUAAGUGGGAAUGGUGUAUUUCACAUCAGAGGAGGCGCACAUAUUUAUUUGACAAUGUAUGUGUUCAUACUUGUUACUUAUUCAACUGUUUUGACUGGAUUUUUGUUGUCUUGGUUUUAAGGGCACUAAGUAGAAGUCCAUUUAAUGUCUUCUAACAUUGGAUCAUUUCAAUAAAAACAUGGUGGCUUUUCAGAAAUGAA